GCGUUGUAGACAGUGCCAGAUCAAUCGCUGUGCUGAUGCAGGUGGAGCAGGGUGCGAAACAAUAUACAUGGCUGACAAUAAGUCGACGUUGCCCGGAUUACCGGAUAUAAAUGGAACUUUGAACAGAUCUAUGACGCCAAACACUGGCUGGGAAGGUCCGUACGAUAUGUCCGUUCAUCUGCACUGGACACAGUUUCCACCCGUCACAGAGGAGUGGCAUUACAUUAUCGGCGUCUACAUCACCAUCGUCGGCCUGCUCGGGAUCAUGGGAAAUACCACAGUCGUCUACAUUUUUAGCAACACCAAGAGCCUGCGGUCACCAUCUAACCUGUUCGUGGUGAAUCUGGCGGUCAGUGACCUCAUCUUCUCUGCAGUCAAUGGCUUCCCUCUCCUUACUGUAUCGUCAUUCCACCAGAAAUGGAUAUUUGGAUCAUUGUUCUGUCAGCUAUAUGGCUUUGUAGGAGGUGUUUUUGGUCUGAUGUCCAUCAAUACACUUACAGCUAUCUCCAUUGAUCGUUACAUCGUCAUCACUAAACCACUGCAGGCCUCGCAGACCAUGACGAGACGCAAGGUCCACCUUAUGAUCGUCAUUGUAUGGGUCCUGUCCAUCCUCUUGAGUAUUCCACCAUUCUUUGGCUGGGGCGCCUACAUCCCCGAGGGCUUCCAAACGUCAUGCACCUUCGACUAUCUCACCAAGACAGCGCGGACGCGAACUUAUAUCGUGGUUCUGUAUCUGUUUGGAUUUCUUAUACCCCUGAUAAUCAUUGGCGUCUGUUAUGUACUGAUCAUCCGAGGUGUCCGACGCCAUGACCAGAAGAUGCUAACUAUUACCAGGAGUAUGAAGACCGAAGAUGCUCGUGCAAAUAAUAAGAGAGCACGUUCAGAAUUGAGAAUUUCCAAGAUUGCCAUGACCGUCACAUGUCUGUUCAUUAUUUCGUGGAGUCCGUAUGCUAUUAUUGCUUUGAUCGCACAGUUUGGACCUGCACACUGGAUAACACCACUCGUGUCAGAACUACCGAUGAUGCUCGCCAAGUCAAGCUCCAUGCACAACCCAGUGGUAUAUGCUCUCAGCCAUCCAAAAUUUCGCAAAGCACUAUAUCAGCGGGUUCCCUGGUUAUUUUGUUGUUGUAAGCCAAAAGAAAAAGCUGAUUUCCGAACAUCGGUAUGUAGCAAGCGAAGUGUGACGCGUACGGAGAGUGUCAACAGUGACGUGUCCAGUGUGAUCAGUAAUUUAAGCGACUCGACAACUACGCUGGGUCUAACGUCGGAAGGAGCAACGAGGGCCAACAGAGAAACGUCUUUCCGCAGGAGUGUAUCCAUCAUAAAGGGCGAUGAGGACCCGUGCACCCAUCCCGACACGUUUCUGUUGGCUUACAAAGAAGUAGAAGUGGGAAAUCUGUUUGAUAUGACAGAUGACCAAAACAGACGAGAUUCCAAUUUACAUUCUUUGUAUAUCCCUACAAGAGUGCAGCAUAGACCAACCACGCAGUCACUCGGCACGACCCCUGGUGGUGUUUACAUCGUGGACAAUGGUCAGCGGGUAAACGGACUUACCUUUAAUAGUUGAUGUAGCAUAGUGUACAUCAUAAACGAGGACAUCACAUCACUCAACAGCAGGAAAGCAAUCAGGAGUCCCAAAAAAAGCGAUAGCAUAAGAAUGUAGAAAGACACAACGCAAUAGCAGCAUGAAGAACUGCUUAAGGAACAGCAGGUAGGCCCAUAUUGACAACAGGAGGAAAUAAAUAGGACAAUUAUAGGCAAUGAUGGCUUUGAAUAAGGCAUAAGUGAGGAUAGAACUGACAACACAUAUUAAUAACAAAAACUUUACAUACAGCAAAAUUGUAAUUGCAAAUAGUCAAAAACAUUGAAGCGCAGUCGUACUCAACAGAAUGUAAAUUUAAAGGGGUCGGGAACAGGAAGGCUGCCUGCCUUUGUUUUAUAGACUGGUGCCAUGUUAUUGAUGUUUACUUGUGUAUUAUAAAAUUAUUAAUCAAGAAAGAAUAAUUUAACGUCUUCAUGGUAGAAGACAUCUAGAGAGAGCGAGAAUGUUCCAUAGGGUAAGGUUGGUUUUAUACUAUUACGAACUAAGUUUUGUAUCACUGCAGGUCGUUGUUAUUAUUGUUGUUGGUAACGUAUAGUCACGUUUUGAACGGGAAUUUGCAUUGAAUAUAUAUCGUAGCGUGUUUAAUAUUAAAAUUGGACAGGAACUUUUAUCAGCAUUGUUUCCGGAUUAAUGUUUAUGGUUUUCGUUUUUAUUUACUCUAGCUACAUAUUGGACAUCGUAAACUGUUUUACUGUCCUAUUCUUUAAACAUUUAUAAUACAGUUAUAUUUUAACGUGGUUCAAUUUUUUUUAGCAGGAAUAAAAUGUAUUCGUCGUGAGUUAUUCAUACGUUAGAAUGUUCUGAUGACUUAUGAUAUGGUUAUGAAAGAGAAGUUACUGUAAUCUUGUAUUCUUUUAAUCUACAUCUACAUCUGUAUAAUACGUUGCUCCAUCUGAGAUGAUAAUUUUGCGGCGGCGUGAACAGACAAAAUUUAAUAACGGAAAUAAAUAAAUACGUAAUUCAAAAAAGGCAAAUAAUUAAAACUCUAAAAUUGUAUUAACCUUAUGUUACGUUUCUCAGCUAAGCAGUAUAUAUAUAACAUAAAAAAUCAUUCCCGUGGCAGACAUUGCAAUAAUGCAGUCGACAAUUGACAGCCCAUAGUUACAUAAAGUUAAUCGUUGCAUCACGGUCUUUCUUAAUUGAUUAGCGACAUUUAUAUAUUUAUUUAACACAGCUAAUCCCUUUUGCUUCGUUGUUCAUAACAUUUGCAUAAGAUUGAUAACAGUUGUUAUCCAGAUUAAGUACACGUCGGCU